AUGAAAGGGGUGGGUGGAAAUUUUCAGUCUUCGAAUUGUCAUCCCGAAUGUGUGAAGGAAUUCCUUAAAUUCGCCCGACGGCCCAUCGCAUCAUUUUUUUUUUUUUUUUUCAUUUCGUUGGAUUUCUUUUUUUUUCUUCGUCAGUCCAUUUUUUUUCAUUUUCCUUCCAAAUUUAUACUUCUUGAAAAUUCUUCUACUCCUUUCUAUCUUUUUCCCUUUGUUCUUUUUCUUUCUUUCUUUCUUUCUUUCUUUCUUUCUUUCCUUCUUUUCAUCAUUCUUUUUCUUUAUUUCUUUCAUUCAUUCUUUCUUUCUUUCUUUCUUUCUUUCUAUUCUCAUCAUUUAUUUAUUUCUGACUUUCUUUCAUAUUUUCCUUUCUUUCUUUCUUUCUUUAUUUUCCUUUCUUUUUCUUUGUUUGUUUCUUUCUUUGUUUCUUUCUUUGCUUCUUUCUUUCUUUCUUGCUUUCUUUCCAUUAUGUUCAAUUUCUUCGUUUUUUUAAUUCUCUCUUCUUUCAACUCGCCAAUAUUUUUCUUUCUUUCUUUCUUUCUUUUUUUUCUUUUCUUUCUUUCUUUUUUUUUUCUUGCUUGCUUGCUUGCUUGCAUUUUCCAUAAUUCAUUUCUUUCUUUCUUUCUUUCUUUCUUUCUUAUUUGUUUUUUGCUUUCUUUCUAUCUUUCUUUCUAUCUUUCUUUCUUUCUUUCUUUCUUUUCAUCAUUCUUUUUCUUUGUUUCUUUCAUUCAUUCUUUCUUUCUUUCUUUCUAUCCAUUACUAAUUUCUUUCAUCUCUUCUUCUUUCCUUUUUCUUUCUUUCCUUUUCUUGAUCAAAUAUUUUUCAUUAUCUUUUUGCCUUCUUUCUUCUUCUUCUUCUUCUUUUUCUUUUCUCUUCCUCUUCUUUAAUCCAUUACUUUCUUCUUUCUUUAUUUCCUUCUUUCUUCGUUUCUUUCUUUCUUCACCGCUUCUUCUUCUUCUUCUUCUUCUUCUUCCACUUCAUCUAUUAAUUUCUUCUUUCUUUCCUUCUUUUUUCUUUACCUAA